GCCUCUCGACCGCGACCAUGAGAGCACUCAACCCGCGACGCCUACAGCUACCGACUAUCUUCCCUCGUUCCUUCCUUUGCCUUUUUCUCUUGUUACUCGUUGUUCGCGCUGGUCAAACUCGCAGUGUGCACCACGAUGAAGAGGACCAGCCCGGGGCCAAGGUUUCGGUCGAACGCGACGUAUGGUUAACCGGGGAGCAGACGGAAGCGAGCGUGCCGGAACAAGUGCAAACGAAACUCGUAUCCUCCGGAGACCAGGACGCUGGAGGGGAACAGAGCUCGGGUUCAGACGGAUCGCCUAACGGUGUACGCGAUCUCGAGAAAGGGGAAUCGAUCGUGACGGAGGGUAGUCCGUUGAAGCAAGACGAAGAGUCCAGCGUAGCCAAAAAGCGCAGACGAAACGAUGUUGUCCUCGGAAAUAAGUCCGAGAACCAAGGCAGUCCCGUCGAGGAGGUCAAAGACGAGGGGAUCAGGAGAUUCGACCAUCGAGUGGACACGGACGAUGCUUCCGCUUCCAAAACAGAAUCGAAAUCAGAGCACGUGUCGGUCGAACCUAAGAAAUCUUCGGUCGCGUUCGAAGAGAGUCGCAUUCAGGAGGUGGACGAGUCGGGAGUCGAAAUUCCAAGCUCCUUCCGGAAAGCGGUGAAGUUGGACGGCGAGGAUGGCGUUAAGAGCGAACAGGAAGUUAGCUCGAACGAUCACUCGGAUUUCGAAGAAGAGAACAGAGGGUAUAGAUCGUUGAGCGAGUCCCAAGGUAAAUCCAGACGCAAGAGCUCCACCGUUUACCUAAGCGCUGAGGAGAAGAAAAUAUCGGACGGGCAGCAACAGUCGAUCGUUGACGGACAGAUAAAGAAGUUGAUAUCGAUUCGAGAUGACGUGUUGGACGCUCAGAAGACGGACAAGCCGGACGAAGCGAAGCUCGCGAGUUCUAAGCGCGAGAUCGGAAUGGACGAAGUCGCCUUCAUGGAGCAGGAAGUUGAGAACGAGCGCAGAGACCAGGUAAAAAACGUUAAAUCGAUACCGAGUAUUCUCGAAAAGUGGAGACAGGAGGCUACGACGCUUCAGAGUCAGAUUAGAGAUAGAAAUUUCUUGUCGCGUUUGAGAGAGCAAUCGGUCGAAGUGCUUCCGGGAGUGCCAAAAUUCACGGAGAAUCAAUUGCUGGAAACGUUGGAGCGAAUCGUGCUGUCGAAGAGAUUGAAUCCUUUGAACGAGUCCUACACGACGAACGUGAAGGGCGUCGCGUUGACCGAGAAUCAGUUGCGGAUAGUCAAAUGUGCCGAGCAAUUGGUAGCCGUGAGAGAACGACAGUCCUUCGUCGAGAACUUGAUGGAAUGCAUUCAAGGGCUCAGCGUGCUGAAUUGCAUGCAAAUCUUUAUCUGGCCGAUCCUGCUGGACAACCUUCCAGAAUCAGUCACUCAAAACUUGCCGAAUCUACCGAUCGAGAUAAACGUGUCUGAUUUGUUUCAGGGUGUCGGUCAAAAGUCCGGCAGAGCUCAAGACAUUCAGCGGGUCAGAUUGAUCGCUCCGGACGCCGUGGUCCACAAUAUCCUUCAAGACGCUUUGGAAUCGUAUCCCAACGAUCAGACGCUGGUGUCGUACAUCGACCCGAAGAACGAGACGCUAAAAAAUUUGUUGACUUCCAAUCAGCUGAGCAUUCUGCAGAUGGCCGAGAAAUUCUUGCCGGAGGCGUUGCGAAGAGAGUAUUCGGACAGAAUGUUCUCCUGCGUCAGAAGGUUCGAAUACUUCAGCUGCGUGAAGUAUUUCGCUUGGCCCCUGAUCAAACAAUACUUUCCGGCGUUACCCGCUUUCCCCGACUAUCAGAGUUGGUACCCGAUCAUCGACCUUUCGCCGCAGUAUCCGAUCUUGCCUUUUCCGGGCUUCUCGGAAGACCUUGGCGAGCUACCCGAGAUCGUGGACGCCGAUGCGACCAGAACGAGGCGGCCCAGACCGGAGGCGAUAAUUAUUCGGGUCCUCCAAAACACUCUGAAGGAACAACCGCGAAUAUCGAGUUCCCCGUCCUUCUUGGACCAGGCUACGGACACGUACGUCGCACUCCUGCCUCAGGAUCAACUGUUGACCAUCAACAUGGCCGAGCAGCUCAUUCCGAUCUCGUAUCGACCAGAAUUCGUUCAGAAGACCGUUAGGUGCAUGAAGGAAUACAACUAUCUGACCUGCAUCAAAUAUUCAGCCUGGCCUACCGUUAGACAGUUCAUACCGACUUUGCCAGACAUUUCCAGACUUUUGCCAGAUUUUAAUGUUCCAGGAUUGUCGGACAUCGGCAGUUACGUGCCGGAGAUACCAACUUAUCCGGACGUGAGCUUCUACUGGCCGAUCGGUAGUACUUCUGUUCAGAAAUCGACGAACGUUCCAACUUAUUACGCUUUCAAGAACCGCGAGGUUGCACCGCAGUACUCCGACGAAUUGGAGAAUCUGAUUCUGGAUAUUUUACUGAAACUGCGAAGCUCUAUCGAUAAACGCAUGGAAACUUCGCCGGUUACUUUGACAGGGAACACGAUAACGUUCACGACGUUCACGAAACGACAGAUCGACAUCUUGCGCUUAGCCGAGUGUCUCAUACCGCAGUCUGCGAGGGCAACUUUGAUCACCGACGUUCUCACCUAUCUCCAGAAGAACAACGACUUCAUAGACUGCGCGAGAUACGUGAUUUGGCCGACGGUCGCCAGGUACCAGUCGACUCUACCCGAAUUUCCCAGCCCAGAGAACAGUCCGGUCGAUUCGAACAAUCAGAAUUUGCUGGAGAUCAAGGAAACGGUGACGAGCACCGGAGAGGUGAUACAGGAACGAGUCUUUUCGGAAUCAGAGAAGAAAGCGAUCUUCUUCCAGGACAACAAGGAGUCAAGGAAUAGAGUAACGAACGUUCCAGUGAUCAGCGUGACCGGCACGAGGUUCGUCCCAAUAUUUACCGAACAACCGGAGACGGUGAUCUACAACAUUCUCCGGUCGGUUCAGUUGCAAUCGGCCAAGACGACCGCGAGACCUUCGUUGAUCCUCAAGAAUCAACAGUUCCUCGAUUUGCUUAACGAGCAGCAAGGGAAUAUCGUGAACGUCGUGGACACUUUGCUUCCCGAGAACGUACGCCCCGACUUCGCCAACAAGAUGAUCGAGUGUCUUCGCAUCAACAACUUCCUGAUAUGCACCAGAGACAUCGUCUGGCCAACAUUAACGCAAUACUUCCCUUGGCUGCCAAAUUUCCCCGACUUCGGAAGCAUCAUCGGCACCCCGGUCGUCAACUCCACCUCUCCGACCCCCAAUCAAAACAUAACGGAACCUGACACCAGCUCGGACGCCCCUCUUUCGGAAACCGACGUGAAAACCGGUCAGCACGGGGAUACCACGGUGACCAUAACGGACACCAGAUUUUUCCCGAUUUACAACGAGCUGCCGGAAACGAUCAUCCUCAAUAUUCUGAAGGCCGUUCAGUUGUCCGUGCCCACGUUGCAAGGUCCUCCUCUUUCGACGAGGAUCAAGGAGCUUUCUCAGUUCCUGACAGAGCAGCAGAUCGCCAUCGUGCAGACCGCGGAGAAUUUAUUGCCUGCACCGUCACGGCCGACCUUCCUCGACAACACCGUGUCCUGUAUCAGAGACAGGAACUUCUUGGAAUGCGCCAGGGACGUGAUUUGGCCAACGGUUGCGCAGUUCUUCCCCUGGCUACCCAGCUUCCCGAAUUUUGGAAGCCUCAAAAGUUCGCAGACUUCGAGAAACAGCGCGAAUCAGAAGACGACAGAGUGGGCGUUCGAGGACGUGGAGGAGAAGAUAGAGAAUAUUUUGUUGGAUGCCCUGAAGAAGUCGAACGCGCAGCUGGAGCAGACUUUGAACAACAGCGACCCUGUGGCCUCGCACCUGAGCCAGCGGCAAAUAAACAUCGUCAAUCUAGUCGAGAGGAUUAUACCAGCCUCCGAGCGAGCAUCGUACGUCGCCAGAAUAUUGGAGUGCACGAAGCGUUACAAUUAUCUGGCUUGCACGAACAACAUCUCCUGGCCAAUUUUGAAGCAAUCGAUACCCUCUCUGCCAGACCUCCUCGGCCUCAGCGACUUGUUGACUCAGUUCCCCAGUAUCCUUCAGAUUCCCGAGUCUGCCUCGAACGCUGAUUCUCUCGCUAAUUAUUUUCUAGGCGCCUCUCAGACCUUGGGAGCACAGGUGUCUAGUGGAUUUUCUCAGUUACCUGUUAACUUGGGAGCUAGCUUAAAAAAUUCAGAACCGCAGACUCCACCUCGUUUGGAGACCCAAGAGACCGAGGCGAAUAAAACGUCAUCGACUACGCCGUCAGUAGGUAACGAAGGAAUCGUCCCCGGAUACGCAGGUCAGCCGCCAGGAAUCCUCUUAGAUAUCUCGAACGAAAAAGUUGACUUACCCAGUAACGCUUCGCAACUAUCAAAUCCAUCAAAAAACAGAAAACGUAGAAGUUUAGAAACUUACGACACGGAACAAGCGUCAGAAGAUUCUACGUCCGCGCCUCUAACGUUUCCAAACAUCACGGAAUCCGAGUAUCUUCAGCUUCUAAUCAGAAUUAAAGAGAACAAUAAACUUGCAGGCACCAAAUCGAAACAGUAUCUCGUCGACACUUUAAACUCUACGGUUAGGAACUCGUUGACCGCCGAUCAGUACGAAAUUCUGAAGAUAAUCGACGAUUUGGAUUACGGAGCAUCGAGCAAAGGCAUCGGGUCGCAAGUGGUUCAAUGUAUUCUGAGUCUCAGUUUCAUCAGAUGCUUAGGUAUAUUCGCGUGGCCUCUGAUCGUCAGCAAUUUACCUUCUCUGCUCCCCUCUUUCCCGAGUUUCGGUAUCUUCGGACGUUCGCUGAUGGAAAACCAGGUGCAGGACUUCUUCGACAUGUCCACCACGGACUUCGAGAAGGAGCUCCUAAAAAGAAAGGACUCGAUCGAACAUUCUCUACUCGACUGGUAUAAAAAACUAGCCGAAGACGAGUUCCAAACGAACGUGGGCUUUCUGAAGAUCAGAGGCUACGGAAACAACGAGAUUGGAAUCAGUGUCACUAGUUUUAGGCAAGGUCGAGGCGCAAAGAUCAAGGACAACAAAAAUCUGCCUAGUAUACUGACGAUCAUCACCGACAUCAUGGAGGAGGUUCUGGAUCAGCGUCCGGAAGGGGAGAAGAAGAAGGACAAGGAUAAAAAGGAGAGAAGCAUAGACGACGAACACAGGGAAGGUGGUAUACAGUUCUUGAAGGACAGCGACGAGUACCUGGACAUCAAAAGAUCGAUGAACGACGAUGAAAUCAUCUCCAUGUUUUUAAGCAAGAUCAAAUCGAACGAUUCCGAGGCAGACGACGAUAACGUGAAGUACUUUGAUCUCGAAGACGCGUACAACGCUUUCGGGGUACUGUUCGGUACCAAGCUACACGACAAGCUGAACGACCCGCAGUUCAAGUCUGAGAGCGUGGAAUCGCAGAAAGAGGUGGACAUCGUAUCCUUGGAGUCUCAGGACUUCGACGAACUGAAGACGUUGCCUCUGAGUCAGGUGGCGUACGAUUUUGAGAAAGAGUCCUCCAGCGAUCAGGAAGAGAAGCAACGAGAGAAGCGAGCGAAGAACCUUCUGAAGUUAGUGGAAAAACACUCGGACAAUUACUUGGAUUCCGACGAGAAAGGCGUGGAGGAUAAUAAAAUCGUCGAAGAACGACCCGAACAGGGUACGAAGUCAGGAUUGAUCAUCAGACUACCGCAAUUAGACGACGAGAUUCUAUCGAAGAAGGUGACGAACUCCGUGACUGACCUGGCCAGGGGUUUGAAAACGAAGAUGGGUCAGAUGAUGCCAGGGUUCGGUAUGGUGUUGUCCUUCUUGCUUCAGAUGGCUCUCGCUCAUGCUCGCGCGGCUGCCUCGAUGGCUAGCAUGAUCAGCAACAUGGCUCUGGGUUCGGCUAUGUUCGGAAUGGUGCGAGACUCCUUCUUCGGCUCCAAUAGCCACCCACAGAUCAAAUACGUUUACGAAAACCAUAAGGUUGGACCAGGUAUCGUUUGGCCUUCUCAAUAUGAACCAUCACCUCAUCACAAUGAUUACUAGAGCGAUUUUUAGAGUAAAUUUUUCUUCGGGUAGCUGUAGCGAUAAGCAUAGGAAGGAUAUCGAAUGUUUGGAAAUUUUCAAGGCGUUCAAUUCGAUUCCAUGAUUUCGAGUAGCAACGAGGGUUCUAGGGUAACCGAUAGCGAUUAUUUUUUCGUAGGAUUAUAGACAACGGCACGGCAUUUGAUUUACUAUGCGUUAAGACGUAACUCGUAGGUUUCGUCGCGUUUCCAUUAAAGGCUGAAUAACAAUGAACGUUGUAUUGGGCUAGCUUUAAUUUUUUCCCGAACGCGGCUGACGACGGUCGUCGUUCGAUCUUCUCGGUCUUCAAUGUAAUCGUCUUUUUAAUAGAUCUUUUUAGCACGUUCAAAGACUCGGUUCUAGUUUCUUUCGUACGUAAGUGUCUUAACAUACGGAUCAUCGACUGUUUCACCCCCGGGGAUUUUCAUGGUGACGGGUAAGAAAAUUCUUCGUUACGCUGUUCUUUUAUCGAUCUCCAUGUAAUCGAUGUGCUCAACGGAAUACAAGUAUUGUAAAAGCUUUAGUUUGUAAGUCAGCGAUUCUUGCCAGUGUUACGUUUGCGAUAAUAAACGUCUGAGAAUCCAUAUACCCUCUUUUCCCUAUUUUAUAUUCU